AUGUCAGUAAAAAGGACCGCCCUUGUAGAUUUGGAGAACGGCAUCAAGAAACGUUCUCGAACUUUUCAAGAAGGUGUCCCCGAGAGUGAAAAGGCUCAGGCUGAACUGAUCUCAGUGCCAAUCAAAAAGGAAGAUGCGAAGGAAUCUUGGCCGCCAGUCCGAUCCAGAAUGAAGCGGGAGAGUUAUGAAACACCGGUGUCUGUACUAAAAGCCAGAUCUGAUGUUUGGGCUCUGCCCUUGCAUCUCAAAAGCGACAAAGACAGGAAGAUGUGCCUUGCUGGUGACGAAGACAAGAAGAUUACGGAGUUAUCCACACACGUUAUUCACCUUCAGAAAGAACAAGACAAACUAGCGAGAAUCAACAUUAGGCUGGAAAUGGAGAACACACAAUUGAAAUGA